GUAGGGACCUGGCCAAGGAUAGCUGGCUGGGUGUUCAACUUACAUCCCUGUGAGUGUGUGACUGUGUGUGUAUGUGUGUGUGCGCGCGCGUGUGCGUUUGUAGGUGCACUCCAGAGUUAGUAUAAACCUAGGCUCAGGCACCCCCAGUCCAGCCCUUCCCUUCUUCCCUUUCCCCAGAACCUGACCGAAUCGCCCCUCCCCCUCCUAGUCCUGUUCUCCGGUAAACCUUCUGCGCCUGCCCCCUCCCUUCCCCUUCUGCUCCUUUCCUCUCCUCCCUUCUCUCCCCUCCCCUCUUCUCCACUCCUCUCUUCCUCUCCCCUCCUUUCCUCUCUUCUUCUCCACGGGUGCAGUUGGCUAGCAGCUUUCUGAGACGUCUGCAGAGCGGCAACGCCAGGAAUUGGCCCAGCCGGGUGGGGGAAAGCGCUGGCUGCGGAGGUGGGGGGGCUCCCCAGGGCCAGUUUGGGGCAAGCCAGCUUGGGUAGAGAGAGCACCAUGGAACCCCUCUUCCUGGACCCAUUCUGGGAGAAUUUCUAUGGAAACCGCCUGUUCAACAACUUCUCUCUCCCAAAUGGGAGCCAAGUGCCUCCUCACCUGCUGAUCAAUGUGACCCAGGACACCUUUCUGCCCAUUGGCCUCAAGGUCACGAUAGUCGUUGUCUACCUGGCUGUGUUUAUAGGGGGUCUGCUGGGAAACUGUCUCGUCAUGUAUGUCAUCAUCAGACACACAAAGAUGAAGACAGCCACAAAUAUUUACAUCUUUAACUUGGCACUGGCAGAUGCCCUGGUUCUGUUGACUCUGCCCUUCCAGGGCACCGAUGUUCUCCUGGGCUACUGGCCAUUUGGAAAUGUGCUGUGCAAGACGGUCAUCGUCAUCGACUACUACAACAUGUUCACCAGCACCUUCACUCUGACUGCCAUGAGUGUGGACCGCUACAUUGCCAUCUGCCACCCAGUCCGGGCUCUGGACAUCCGCACCCCCAACAAGGCCAAGGCUGUCAAUGUUGGCAUCUGGGCCCUGGCUUCACUCAUUGGGGUUCCUGUCACAGUCAUGGGCUCAGCCCAGAUGGAUGAUGAUGAGAUCGAGUGCCUGCUGGAGUACCCCACUCCUGAGAAUUAUUGGCGCCCUGUGUUUGGGGUCUGCGUCUUCCUCUUCUCUUUCGUGAUCCCCGUCCUCAUUAUCUCAGCCUGCUACAGCCUCAUGAUUCGGAGGCUUCGCAGUGUCCGAGUCCUCUCCGGCUCCAGAGAGAAGGAUCGCAACCUGCGGCGCAUCACUCGACUGGUCCUGGUGGUAGUGGCCGUGUUUGUGGGGUGCUGGACCCCUGUCCAGGUGUUUGUGCUGGCUCAGGACCUAGGGGUUCAGCUGGCCAGCGGAGCUGCGGUGGCUGCCCUGCACUUCUGCAUCGUCCUGGGCUACGCCAACAGCGGCCUGAAUCCCAUUCUCUAUGCUUUCCUGGAUGAAAAUUUCAAGGCCUGUUUCCGUAAAUUCUGCUGCGCGUCCUCCCUGCGCCGGGAACUGCAGGUGUCUGACCGUGUGCGGAGCAUUGCCAAGGAUGUGGCAUUUGCCUGUAAGACUUCAGAAACUGCUCCCAGGCCCGCAUGACUAGGCGUGGAACUCCCCAUAAUGCCCACCAGCCCCCAAACGCCAUCCACACCCAACACGGAGCUCACACAAGUCACUGCUCUGUAGUAGGGCUCUUUUCAGACUCCGUGAUGGGCACAAGGAUCACUGUGGGGCUGGAGACCGUCAGGACGGCUUUGUGACUGUGACCCGGAGAGGCUGUGUCCUCUGAGCCACCAAAUGUGGGGAGGAAGUUCCUGUGGAAACAGACCUAAAAUAAGGGCUGUUUCUGUGAGUGGUCACAGCUGAACCAAAACGCGCCUUCCUGAUACGGUGAGACAAAGAGCAAUGGGGAGGAGACUAUCUCUGAAGGGCGUCUGGCCCUCAGACUUUCACACACACACACACACAAACACACACA